AUGGUUCGUCGGCAUUACAAAAGUGUUCUCUUCCGAACGGAUGCGGAUUUCGAUGCCUUAAGCCGCAUCGAGGAUUUGUUUAACAUGAUGGAGCUCGAGCUUGACAUGGAAGAGAUCAUCUUGGGUGAAGAUCUUUGGAAACUUCAUCUCUCUCUCUAUCGCCCGUGGUGUACUCACACUGAUGUUAUUCUUGUGGAACUCAGGGAAUUGUUUGACAUCAUUGCGCGUACGAUGGAGAGACACAUUCUCAGCGACACGCAGCAAGAAGAAUUUAAUGUACAUGAAUACAUGAUUCUUGGUGCCUGUGCAAUGAGCUAUGGAUUCCGGCUGCCGAACCCCUCUCUGGUGUUGAUGAAGGAGCUAUACACCGAAGGCGAAUUCUGCUCCGAGGUGAUGCAAAGGUUCGAAAAGGCAUUAUUUGGGCCCCAUGAUUUCCAAAAUGGCGUGCCAUUCGACUUCGAAUCAAAGGAACUGAUCGAAACUACCACCGCAGUGGAAGAGAAUGAGCAAUCUUCAGCAGAUGAGGAGUCUGAGAUCGUCAAACCAUUGGGUAUUCUGCAAAAGAGCAUCGAGGAUCCUUGGAGAUACCAUGUGAUCAAUGAGAUACGAGACAUGCGCCUUAAUCCGGGCGACUGCGGAGGAUGCGGCGCCAAACAGAGCGGGACCCAGACAUUUGAGCUAUGCUGCGGAUGGUGUGGAGAGCGGGUUUACUGCAGCAAACGAUGCCAACGUGCGCAUUGGAAGGCUCAUAAGAAAGUGUGUGACCGGCACGACAUCUUCUGGCAUUAG